UUCUCCUACACUAGCUGCAGCAACAGCCACACUGCCUACCAAACUGACUAGUAUCUGUUUCGGUCUUAUGCGUGUGGCUGCUUAGUUAGUUAGAGCAGGGGUUGCCAAGAAGAAGUAUAGAUGGACGUCGCCGAGCCUCGGCAGAAGCAUGAGGAGCAGGAGCCCAAGGCUAGCAUGGAGAAGACGGUGAAGGCUGGCUUCUCCGAGGACGAUGACUCGUCGUCGGAGGCCGGCGAGCCCGUGCAGAACCACCGCGGAUGGAAGGCUAUGCCGUAUGUCAUAGGGAAUGAGACGUUCGAGAAGCUCGGGACGAUCGGGACGGUGUCGAACCUGCUGGUGUACCUGACGACCGUGUACCACAUGCAGGGUGUGAGCGCCGCCAUCCUGCUCAACGUCUUCAACGGCACCAGCAACCUGGCCACCGUCGCUGGAGCCUUCAUCAGUGACACCUACCUGGGCCGCUACACCACCCUCGCUGCGGCCACCAUCUGCUCCUUCACCGGCAUGGUCAUCCUGGCCCUCACCGCUGCGCUCCGCUCCCUCCACCCUCCCAGCUGCAACCCCAAAGCAGCAGGCGUGCAAUGCCAGGGGCCCUCGGGCGGCCAGCUAGCCGCGCUGCUCACGUCGUUCUUCUUCCUCAUCAUCGGCGCCGGUGGCAUACGACCGUGCAACCUGGCGUUCGGGGCCGACCAGUUCAACCCGCGCACCGCGGACGGGCGGCGCGGCAUCGCCAGCUUCUUCAACUGGUACUACUUCACCUUCACCGUGGCCAUGAUGGUGUCCGCCACCGUCAUCAUCUACCUCCAGAGCAACGUCAACUGGGCUCUCGGCCUCGCCGUGCCCGCGGCGCUCAUGGGCCUCUCAUGUGCCGUCUUCUUCAUGGGCACGCGCCUCUACGUCUGUGUCCGCCCCGAGGGCAGCCCCUUCACCAGCUUCGCGCAGGUCCUCGUUGCCGCGGUUCGCAAGCGCCACCUACGGCGACAAGGUGGCACCGGAGGAAACACACUAUUUGACCCGCCGCACAGGAGCAAGGUCGUCUCCAAGCUGGCCUACACUGACCAAUUCACGUGCCUCGACAAGGCAGCCAUGCUUACCCCUGAGGAGGAAUCACUCUGCGCCGAUGGGAAGGCGCCGAUGGACCCGUGGCGGUUGUGUAGUAUGCAGCAGGUGGAGCAGGUGAAGUGCUUAGCGCGCAUCAUCCCAGUGUGGUCAUCGGGGAUCGUCUACUUCAUGGUGGUCACCCAGCUCGGCACCUACGUCGUCCUCCAGGCGGCGCAGACCGACCGCCGUGUCACCGCCAGCAGCAGCUUCCAGAUCCCGCAGGGCUCCUUCGUCGUCUUCGUGAUGCUCGCUCUAACUCUCUGGAUCCCAGUGUACGACCGUCUACUCGUGCCGCUGCUCCGCCGGAUCACCAAGCGCGAGGGUGGCAUCACCCUGCUCCAGCGGAUCGGCAUCGGGAUGGCGCUCUCCGUGGUCACGAUGCUGGUGGCGGCGGCGGUGGAGCGCCGCCGCCGUCGGAUCGGUCCGGUGAUGUCGUGCUUCUGGCUGGUCCCGCAGCAGGUGCUGGCGGGCCUGUCGGAGGCGUUCGCCGCCAUCGGGCAGACCGAGUUCUACUACCGGCAGUUCCCCGAGAACAUGCGAAGCGUCGCUGGGGCGCUCUACUUCCUUGGGUGGGCACUGGCGAGCUACGCCAGCGGGCUCAUGGUGACCAUCCUGCACCGGACCACGGGCUGGCUGGCGCAGGACCUAGACGAGGGCAGGGUGGACCUGUUCUACCUUGUCACCGGCGCCAUCGCAGCGGUCAACCUCGUCUACUUCAUGGCGUGCGCACGGUGGUACAGGUUCAAGAAGUCAGAUGACGACCACACCGGCUCCGGCGCCGGCGAUGCCGACCUCGACGAGAGCCCGAAGAAAGCGGCGAAUGCAGCGCCGGUUUAGUCAUUUAGUUUAGGGCCUGCCCGUCGCGGUUCAGAGAUGGAUAUGCAUGCAUAGUGUGGUAUAUACUUAUCGGUUGUGGUGAAUCCACAUAUUGCUGUGAUCUAUACAGAUAAUAAUCCUACACCUGCAAGAUGUUUCUUA